GUACCUCCUGUUAUAUUUACCUACAUAUGCCGCAGGUCAGCUCAAAUUUAACAAGUACCUUAUACCCUUGUAUAAGUGGAGAAAAUGGCAAACAAAGCACAAGAGGAUGCUGUGAUCAAUAAGAAAUAUGUGCAGGAGAUUGCUAAGCAGUUAGGGUUUGAGUGGACCGUUCUGGCAUAUGAACUUGAUUUCACCAGAAAUGACGUCAGACAGUUUCAGGCCACAUCCAAAGACAAGAAGGUUCAAGCCCAGAGAAUGAUGGAAUUAUGGUAUGAGCGCUCCUGGGACAAAGCAAACAAAACCAAGUUGCUGCAGGAUGGUCUAGAUCGAGCAGGUCGCCGUGACCUGGCUGAGAGGCUCCGCUGCCUGCACUGGGGUCACCAGAAGCUCAGUCGCAGAGUGGAACUGCCCUCUGCUUUCCCCUUCAUAAUUACUGUCCACAAGACUAUAGAUAACAAAGAUGCCUUAAGCAGGAUCAAUUUGCUUAAUCGCACUUGUAACUAAAACAACGAGGCAUUUUACAUAAUCAUAUACAUUUUUACUUUUUAAGGAUCUUUUCAAUAUUUACAAAACAUGUCAAUAUGUAAUUUGCUUUAAUGACAGCAUGUACUUAAUAAUAAUUGAGUAUGUAAAUCAGGCUAUGUCAGUUUAUUUUCAGGAUUUUAGAAACGAUAGCACAUGUGUUUUGACACCAGUGCAUGUUAUUUCCUUAAACACCUUUAUUCAUUUUGAAUUUCUUUGUUGCUUAAAACAGU